AUGAAAACGGAGCCAUCCAUCUGUGACGGUUGUAACCAGCAAACGGAAGAGGGAAAAGAUCUGCCCUGCAAACACUUCCUUUGCACCGCCUGUGUUGAUCCAGAAUUAAAAAAGGCCAAACCCCAAUGCACCAAAUGCAAGAAGGAAUUCACAAAAGAGCAGGCGGCACCACAUAGUCUCAUCUGUUUGGACAUUACUUGCGAGGGGGCCCCUGGCUGCAAAAAGAUGCACCUCACGGAUAUUGACUUGGGCGAGGGCAGCACGGAAGGUGCGAAGGCGAGCGCGAAGAGCUAG